AAUGUAAGCUCAGUAGUCCGUAACAUUUACACAAAAUUAUCGCCCUCAGUUUGACUGAAAAAUUAUUUUUUUGUUUUGCAAAAAAUGUUUAAAAAUUACUAUGAAACCUAUGAAAAAUUGGGAGAAGGAGCUUUCGGAACAGUUCGGCGUUGCAUUGAAAAAAGGACACGCGAAGAAUUCGCCGUAAAAAUUAUAGAGAAAACUAUGGGAAAGGUCGAUCUGCAAAAUGUCCUGUACGAGGCAGAGAUAUGCCGUAAAUUGCAACAUCCAAACAUAGUGCGAUUACUCGAAACGUUUAAUGAAAGGGACCAAUUGUACUUGGUAUUCGAUUUAGUUGUUGGCGGUGAAUUAUUCCAUGACGUUACGAAUCUGCAAUUUUACUCGGAAGUGCUUGCAUCACAGUGUAUGCAAGAAAUUUUGCAAGCCGUCAAAUUCUGCCACAAAAAUGGGGUUGUGCACCGUGACCUAAAAGCGGAAAACAUUUUACUUACCAGCAAAACGAAACCAAGCUCCAUCAAGAUUGCCGAUUUCGGAUUAGCUGUGGAGGUACGUGGUGAUGAGCGCGGAUGGUUCGGCAUGGCCGGCACUCCUUUAUAUAUGGCACCGGAAAUUCUUGAACGAUACCACUAUGGAAAGCCUGUUGAUAUGUGGUCGUGUGGUGUUAUAUUGUAUCUGUUGCUAAUCGGUGAUGAACCUUUCGUUGGCAGAACUGAAAAUGAUUUGAAUAAGAAAAUCAAGGCUGGUGUCUACCAUUACCCAACAAGUAGAAAGGAUUCCAUUUCGGCGGAAGCAAAAGAUUUUGUUAAAAGAAUGCUAACAUUGAAUCCUGAUGAACGAAUUACAGCUAGUGAAGCGUUAAAACAUCCAUGGAUCCGUCAACCCGAAGUAGUGGCACCAAGGGUACAUUUAGCUAAGACUAUAGGCCAUCUGAAGAAAUUCAAUGCACGGCGUAAAUUCAGGGGACUUGCUCUCGCAGCCGUAGCAGCUCAGAAAUUUUUCAAAAAGGGUUCGGGCAGUAGUUUAAAAAAUGUGAAUCGAUUGCAAGACAACUACGGUCAGCCGGGUACCCCAAUGGUUAAGAGAGAUCAAGACUCCGAGGCAGUGCGGAAGAAAGAGAUCAUCAAGUUAACCGAACAGCUAAUCAAUGCAUGCGAAGCUCGUGAUUCGGCGACCGUUGAAAAACUUUGUGAUACGAAUGUAACAGCAUUCGGUUCCGGCAAAGUUCUGUUGGGAAUCGAUUUGGAACAUUUCUUUACCGAAAAUAUUCCGGUCGAAGGCUACACCGAAUGGAACACACAAAUAUCAAAGCCUUGGGUGUAUUUGUUGAGCAGUAAAACUGCGUACAUUGCCUACGUUCGAUCGACCGAAUAUUUGACAUAUUCAGGUCGGGUGUACCUUCAAGAAACCGACGAAACGCUCGUUUGGCGCAAGCGAGAUGGGAAAUGGAAAGCUGUUCACUUUCAUAGUGGCCUUACCUUUCUGUUUGAAGAUUGAACGACAGGGACGCAUUUGUUCGGACAUUUUUCCACUAAUUUUCUAAGAGACGAGCGAUCAUAUGUGUA